UGAUUGACAGCGCUGCCAUGACAACCCCGCAUCAGCUGCAGGGUGUCCAAUGAGGAGUCAGAUCCAGGGUCCCUCCCUGACUCCCAGGUGAGCUAAAGAGUCGGACUACAGUGGUUUUCUGUCAGUCUGUCUCAGAGACACGCUUUGUCUCCUUUUUUUUGGUUUCAAUCUGUCAUCCAGAUGGUGUUCAGAUCACCGCUCGACUUUUUCUCAGCCUCCCGGAUCCUCCUGCCACACUUCGCGGAUGGGCCCCCUGUUCUGGCCCGCUCCCGGUCCCCGGAGGACCCUCCCUCCGCCUGUCCUCCCCUGGCUCUCCCGGGGUUGUGCUUCUCCGCGGCGCAGAUCGCCAGCGUCUGCGAGACUCUGGAGGAGACCGGAGACAUCGAGCGGCUGGCCCGCUUCCUCUGGUCCCUCCCGGUGACCGUGGAUGGCCGCGACUCCAUCUCUGAGCACGAGUCCGUGCAGCGGGCUCGCGCCGUGGUGGCCUACCACACGGGGAGUUUCCGCGAGCUUUACCACAUCUUGGAGACGCACCGCUUUACGCGCGCCUCGCACGGCAAACUGCAGGCGAUGUGGCUCGAGGCGCACUACCGGGAAGCAGAGAAGCUCCGGGGGCGGCCGCUCGGACCUGUCGACAAGUACCGCGUGAGGAAGAAGUUCCCGCUACCGAGGACCAUCUGGGACGGGGAGCAGAAGACGCACUGCUUCAAAGAGCGCACACGGGGGCUGCUGAGAGAGUGGUACCUGCAGGACCCGUACCCGAACCCCGGGAAAAAGCGGGAGCUGGCACACGCUACCGGACUCACACCGACUCAGGUUGGAAACUGGUUCAAAAACCGGAGACAGAGGGACCGAGCGGCGGCAGCCAAAAACAGGUUGCAGCACCACCGGAUGUGUCCGGAUGGUGCGCGGUCACCCAGCGGAGGAGAGUGCAGUCCAGACGAAAGAGAGGAGCGCGCAGAUGGAGAAACUCUUCUCUCAGUGACGGACAGUGACUCUGACUUGGAUGUCUGAGACUUUUAAAGUAUAAAAAUUGACUUUUAGGGGCCUGUUGUGGAUUACAAGAGAGAUAGAGAGUCAGUCAGGAUUUGGCUUGCAAUAAAAACAGCUUCAUCCUAAAUAUUCCCCCUGAACACCAAACAGAUAAUCUCACAGGUUACAUGAAGUUUUUUUUGUUUCCUGAGAUUGAUUUGUGUCAGUGCUGCUGGUUUUCUGUUUUUUAUUUUAUCCACCAGCUGCAGAUCAGACCCACAUUUCUGAUCUGUAGCUCCAUCACUGGAGGGUGAUGGAGCACAUCUGCUGACCAAGCUUCUAUCAACCUGAUUAAAGAGACAUCAAGCCGUGGACCCCUGUUGGACUUUAACCCAGGGACCCCCACACGGGAGGACCUUUACAGACUGAAACCUGCCAGUGAGCUAAUCACCCUUAUUUUCUCUAAUUAUGUGUCAUCAUUUCUUUUUAAAUGUUCCUUUAGAAGACCCCUGGACGUCCACUGCUGUAGACAAUCAAUACGCACUGAAGCCUAAACCUUCAUGUCUGGCUGUUUUUUAUUUUAUUUUUUUGUUUCUUUACCUUCACUUUAUUUAAAGUUCACUGUGCAGUCUGUGUGAUGUCGUACUUUAUGUUCAAUUUGAUGCCGAAUAAAUGUUUUGGUAUUUUAUAUAAAUAAAAUAAUUUAAUAUAUGACUGUUAUUGUGCCUAAUCUUCAUUAAUGACACCAUCUCUGUCAAAUAA